AUGUAUCCCAACCAAGCUCCUAUCUCAUCUGCAUAUCUCAACUCAUUUGUUGCGCUAAUUCAGGAGAAUGAAAAAUUUAACAGAGCCCUAGCAAAUGCACAGAAUGCAAGAGGUGUAGAUCAGUCAACUCCUUCCAAUGGAAAUGGUCUAGCAACCAUACCCGACGGUUUGCUGCCAUAUGCGGCAGCCAGUGCACUUUCUGGAAGGAACUUGGAGGGAGCCGGAUUGGCGCACCUAUCUCAUGGUCAUGUGCCACCACCUUUUUCGAGUUCCGGUCCUGCCGUGGUCUCCCCUGGUGGUCCUAACAUGCCACAAUUCGCUGCCUAUUACCAGCAAAUUAUAAACCCUGCGAUGCCGACACAUGUCAUUAUGAACCCUAUUGUUGUCACUACCAGUGGAGCAAAUAAUAUCCACAGUCUUAAUAUACCCCCGAUUUACUCCAGCCCUACAAUGAUUGCUCAAGUGCAGACAUUGCAUCAGCAUCCGUUCACCAUCAACGCGACCCCGGCAAUUGGUGCCUUUUGCGAGGUUUUAAAAAAUCAGCCCUUACAUGGGGUUAUGCAAAACUCAAUACCAGCCAUUCUUUCUAGCGGUGCAGUCGCUCAGGCAUCUGCGCUCAGCUAUCCGCAAUACGGCUUAGCUGCAGCGGGUAUUCAAAACCCUGGUCAAAUGUUGGCAAGAAACAUGCCUAAUCUACGUGAUGCCUCAGCGAAAAUGAUAAUCGGUCCAGAAGGCUCUAAUCUAUUCAUAUUUCAUCUACCUCCAGAGUUUGUUGCUAUUGACCUUGUGAGACUUUUCUCCCCCUUCGGAAGGGUCAUAAGUGCAAAGAUAUAUGUUGACUAUGCUACAAAUAAGAGCAAAUGCUUUGGGUUUGUUAGCUACGACAAUCCAAUGAGUGCCCAACGAGCAAUUGCUGUAAUGGAUGGCUACGCUGUGGGAAGGAAGCGACUGAGGGUGGAGUUGAAACGACCAAAAGGUGAAAAGGAUUUUUAG